AUGGUCGCCGCGUCUGUGGGCAUCGCUGACUGCGAUGUGUGCUAUCUCAACUCGGCCUGUAAAGAUUUCACGCCGAAGUCGAUGCACUUGAUGAAGAGUGUGGACAAGCUGAAGGGUAGGGAACUGUACUCCUCCGGGCCGGUAUGGAUAAGGAAGGCUGAGAGAAUGGAGGAUGAGGACAAAAAGGCCAAAGAUCCAGCUCGGAUCUGGUGA